CUGCUCGCAUGAACCGCUUGCAAUCCGGAUUCGGUGAGGGAACGAAGGGACGAGAACUCUACCAGCCGGGUAAGGCGGCCGUCGAUCGAUGAAUUGAGAAAGAUAGGACCCGGGAUUCCAUUUCAUUUUGUGGUAAAAAUGGGACGGGAACAGAUGGGAAGUGUGUCCCCGGUUCUAUUCCCUUUUUUGUUCGGAUGAGACGGCAGUGAGCAAUCGAUAGAGAGCAAGGGAUGCUAGCGCUCUGAUCCUAGUAUUCCUCGCUUCAGUUGGUUCAGGAAGCUUUGGCAUCGGGAAGCAUUAAGCAAGAGCGAAGCGAUAGCUUCGCGUUGUGUUUUUUGGAAACACCUACUUUUGCUUGCCCUAAGAUCUAAAACAGAGGCGGGCUUGCCUGCGCUCCCGGUCUAUUCGGCUCGGCGAACCUAUUCUCUUCUCUACUAAACUAACCACCUGAGCCAACUCGAGAAACGAAAACUAAAAUGACAAUCCAUUCUAUUGUUAUUCAAAAAUUACUGAGUACGAACGCACAUCUAGGCCGUCGGGUAGCUGCUCACCAUUUCAAAGUCUAUAUCUGUGGUUCCAGAAAUGGAAUUGCUAUUCUCGAUUCAGAUAAGACACUGAUUUGUUUACGAAACGCUUGUCAUUUUAUAGGAUCUCCCAUUCGUCAAAAAGGCCGUUCCUUCUUUGUAAAUACCAAUUCGUUAUUCGAUGAGAUAAUAGAACAAAUGGCGACGAGAAUCGGCUGUAUCAAUGAUUCUCAAUGGAGGAUCGGGGGGUUUUUGACCAAUUGUUCAAGUCCGAAAAAAAUCCGUUCGAGAAACAAGAAGAUCAAUUUCGGGUCGAACCAACAACCAGAUUGUGUAGUUAUUUUUGAUGCAGAUAGAAAGUCCUCGGUCAUACUUGAAGCUGAUCGAUUACAAAUACCUAUUGCAUCUUUAGUGGAUUCGAAUAUCCCAUUGGGAUCCUAUAAAAGAAUCACUUAUCCCAUUCCAGCGAAUGAUCCUAUACAGUUUGUAUAUCUAUUUCGUAAUUCGAUCACGAAAACAGUUCUUCUUGAACGGGGAAGAAUCGUUGCGAUGAAGGAGACUGUGGGAGAAGAAAAAGCUCAUAGACCAGAGCUACUACAAGCACUUUUAGAUAAAGGGGGGUUAACUAACGAAAGAAAGAUGGAACUUGUUCCCCACCCAGGAAUAAAACCACAUUUCCUUGCUACUAAUCAAUUUAGGCGCCCUUUCAUCCGGGAAUUUAGGUCUACCCCUUAUUACUCUUCCCCACUCGAGCUCUUCGAGGCCGUCGCCCCAUUCCUCAAUGCUGUUAGCACUUGGGCUGGAAGUUCGAUGGCGAAUGGUGUAUCGGGGGUGACAGAUGGAAAUGUGGGGGCUAAUAGUCUGCCGGGGGCGGAGGUGAUUCCUAGUUCCGGAACGACUUCAACGGGAAUACCACCCCUGCUCUCCCUACAGAUCCCAAAAGGGGGCCACGGCCACCUCGCUUCUCUUUUUUUUUUGAUAAAGACCUGGUGCCCGACCGGUCUUCUCUGCCUGAACAAAGCGGAAAAGUGGUCACGACCGAACCGCAAGUUGACCACUCCAGUACCGCUACUCCGGGAGCAUCCGCUGCUCAUAACUGUUUUGAAGAAGGGUGGGUCGAGAGCGAGAGAACCCGUCUGA